UGGGCCUGGCCACCUCCGCGGCAGCCCAGGACGCUGCCUGCUCCUGCCAUGGUGCCUUGGCCCUGCCGGGCGGAUGGAGCAGGAUCCCAAGCCGCCCCGUCUGCGGCUCUGGGCCCUGCUCCCCUGGCUACCCAGGAAGCAGCGGCCCAGGACCAGCCAGACCUCUCUGCCUGCCCCUGGCCCUGGCUCUGGCCCCAGGCGGGACUCGGAUGAGGGCAUCCUCAAGGAGAUCUCCAUCACGCACCAUGUCAAGGCUGGCUCUGAGAAGGCCGACCCAUCCCAUUUUGAGCUGCUCAAGGUUCUGGGCCAGGGAUCCUUUGGCAAAGUCUUCCUGGUGCGGAAGGUCACCCGGCCUGACAGUGGGCACCUGUAUGCCAUGAAGGUACUAAAGAAGGCAACGCUGAAAGUGCGUGACCGCGUUCGGACCAAGAUGGAGAGAGACAUCCUGGCCGACGUAAACCACCCAUUUGUGGUGAAGCUGCACUAUGCCUUCCAGACCGAGGGCAAGCUCUAUCUUAUUCUGGACUUCCUGCGUGGUGGGGACCUCUUCACACGGCUCUCUAAGGAGGUUAUGUUCACGGAGGAGGAUGUGAAGUUUUACCUGGCUGAGCUGGCUUUGGGCCUGGACCACCUGCACAGCCUGGGCAUCAUUUACAGAGACCUCAAGCCUGAGAACAUCCUUCUAGAUGAGGAGGGCCACAUCAAACUCACUGACUUCGGCCUGAGCAAGGAGGCCAUUGACCACGAGAAGAAGGCCUAUUCCUUCUGCGGGACAGUGGAGUACAUGGCCCCCGAGGUUGUCAACCGCCAGGGCCACACCCACAGUGCUGACUGGUGGUCCUAUGGGGUGUUGAUGUUUGAGAUGCUGACGGGCUCCCUGCCCUUCCAGGGCAAGGACCGGAAGGAGACCAUGACAUUGAUUCUGAAGGCGAAGCUAGGCAUGCCCCAGUUUCUGAGCACAGAAGCCCAGAGCCUCCUGCGGGCCCUGUUCAAGCGGAAUCCUGCCAACCGGCUCGGCUCCGGCCCUGAUGGGGCAGAGGAAAUCAAGCGGCAUGUCUUCUACUCCACCAUUGACUGGAAUAAGCUGUACCGUCGUGAGAUCAAGCCACCCUUCAAGCCGGCCGUGGCACAACCCGAUGACACCUUCUACUUUGACACUGAGUUCACGUCCCGCACACCCAAGGACUCCCCGGGCAUCCCCCCCAGCGCUGGGGCCCAUCAGCUGUUCCGUGGCUUCAGCUUCGUGGCCACUGGCCUGAUGGAGGACGACGGCAAGCCUCGGAGCACGCAGGCUCCACUGCACUCGGUGGUACAGCAACUCCACGGGAAGAACCUGGUUUUUAGUGACGGCUACUUGGUAAAGGAGACGAUUGGUGUGGGCUCCUACUCCGUGUGUAAGCGCUGUGUCCACAAGGCCACCAACAUGGAGUAUGCUGUCAAGGUCAUCGACAAGAGCAAGCGGGAUCCCUCAGAAGAGAUCGAGAUUCUUCUGCGGUACGGGCAGCACCCCAACAUCAUCACUCUGAAAGAUGUGUAUGAUGAUGGCAAACACGUGUACCUGGUGACAGAGCUGAUGCGGGGCGGGGAGCUGCUGGACAAGAUCCUGCGGCAGAAAUUCUUCUCGGAGCGGGAAGCCAGCUUUGUCCUGCACACCAUCAGCAAGACAGUGGAGUAUCUGCACUCCCAGGGGGUUGUGCAUAGGGACCUCAAGCCCAGCAACAUCCUGUAUGUGGACGAGUCUGGGAACCCCGAGUGCCUGCGCAUCUGCGACUUCGGCUUCGCCAAGCAGCUGCGGGCUGAGAACGGGCUCCUCAUGACACCUUGCUACACUGCCAACUUCGUGGCACCCGAGGUGCUGAAGCGCCAGGGCUACGAUGAAGGCUGUGACAUCUGGAGCCUGGGCAUUCUGCUGUACACCAUGCUGGCGGGCCCCAGGAUGGAGGCCAGAGGCUAUAUACCCAGACUGGGUGGACUUUUCUCCAGAUACACUCCAUUUGCCAACGGACCCAGUGACACACCAGAGGAAAUCCUAACCCGGAUCGGCAGUGGAAAGUUCACCCUCAGCGGGGGAAAUUGGAACACAGUUUCAGAGACAGCCAAAGACCUGGUGUCCAAGAUGCUGCACGUGGACCCCCACCAGCGCCUCACAGCUAAGCAGGUCCUGCAGCACCCAUGGAUCACCCAGAAAGACAAGCUUCCCCAGAGCCAGCUAUCCCACCAGGACCUGCAGCUUGUGAAGGGAGCCAUGGCAGCUACAUACUCUGCGCUCAACAGCUCCAAGCCCACCCCUCAGCUGAAGCCCAUUGAGUCGUCUAUCCUGGCCCAGCGGCGGGUGAGGAAGCUGCCCUCCACCACCCUGUGAGGGGCCAGGGUGUGCAGGCCGCAGGGCGGUGCUAGCUCAAUACAGGCAGCAUACUUCCCAGAGGGAGCAGGCCUGAGUCACAGGGCCAGAGGGAGCGGAGCCCUGAGGUGCCCAGGAAGCAGCCAGCCCGGAUCACCCCAGUGAGGGUGUGAGAAGUGCCUUUUCCUUCCCCAGGACGGACUCUUCUCGGCUCUGGCUCUGCUGGUUGAAAUCGAUUCACUGUACAAACUCUUAUCUUUUUUUAAGGAAAAAUGGCGUCAACCACCAUGGAUUUUUACAAGAUCCAUUUGCCUUUCUGGGAGCAGAAAUAGCCAGUGCAGCCCCAGGAGGGGCAGUGAGUCACACUAGGGCUCUCUGUGGCUGAGACUCCUUAGAGCAGCUUUGGUCCUAUGCUGGGGACCCCCACGAUGGCCAUCUGUAGCCAUCUGCACUCACCUCCGAGGCAGUCCAGCAUCACCUUCCAGAGCCCUUGGCUGUUUAGCGAACUUGUUCUAUCCCCAGUCAGCUCCUUUUCCGUUCUGUUCUGCUGGGAGGCCCGGAACCACUUCCUGUUGGAGGAAGGACAAAGACCCCGUGGCUCCCAGCUCCAGGCACCAGCAUCCACAUUGGCCCCACCAGCGGGUCCCCUGCAGUCAGGCUGGGCUGCUCCCGGAGGAGGAUCCGGAAAGCACUUUUUGGCUGACUUCCAUUGGAGUCUGCCACAGGACAGAGCUCACAGGAGGCCUGUGGGGCAGGCCAAGACGGGCAGGGGCUUUUUUUCAUUUCUUCCUCAGCUGGUAACUCAGGGUUCAUCUGUCCAUGGCCUUUCUAAUAAACUUACAGUUGAGUUGAA